AUGACCGACCAGAAGAAUGUCCUUAGCAACAGUUUCGAGACUCUAGAAAUCUCGGAGUACCCCAACAACCCUUCCUCAAAUCAUUCUAGAACCCCGAAACGCUCGGAUGUCCUUAUCAGCAACGGAUCCAAUGCUCUAGGGCUUGGAAAAAUCUCGGAGUCUGGCAUCAACCCUUUCAAAGAUAUUCCUAGAACCCUGCAAGGCUCAGAAACUGUUCUUAGUAACGGAUCCGAUACUCUGGGAUUUGGAAAAUUAUCGAAAUCCACCCCCAGCAAUGUCUCUACUGUGCAAAGCCAAAACACUCUCGAAGAGCUUUUGAAGAAAACAAUUCAGCCUGGCCUUGAUGCGCAGAGAACCAUUGAACGAAUAUCUCCAAAUCAUCCCUUUUUUAGGCGGGCUGAGAAGCUCGUUGAGGAACAUUGUCUACCCCGGGAGGGUUUUGGAAACUUCAAAAGACUCUUAUGUGGGAUUCGCGAAUUCCCAUGUAUUUUGCUUCAAAAUCCAAAGAAUGACUUUCUUGAAUUUGAGACAAUGGUCAGGACAACCUUUACACUCAGUUGGAUUGACGAAGCCCUGAAGGAACUUGGGCUCAACAUUGACGAUAUAAUUAUCAUGGACUUGUUUCCCAUGCUGACUGACGAAUGGUUAACAAACAACCCGGAUAAAAGACUACAAGCCAUUCAUGAUAUGUUUGAGCUGACUCUUGAUUUCAUUCAUGAGUUCAAGCUCCCCAUUAUUCUUUCAUGCCAAUGCUUCAAGGCAAAGGAGUCAAGUCUCUGGGCCUCAUUUAAGCACACCAAGGCCGGCGAUCUGCGCUCAUCAAUGAAUAGUGCACAAAACAAAAAGGUGUCUCGGUUCAAAGGCAAAGGACACAUGGCGUAUGUCGUGCAUGGCUUCCAUCCUGCAUCCCUGUCAUACCAAGGUAGAAAGAAAGACAAUGGACAAAACGAAGCAAUUCUUCGAGACAUAUUGCAUUCAUUGUUUGGCCCUUAUGCAGUGUUUCGGAGAGCAUAUGAAACCAGAAUUUUGGAGGGUCAUGAGAAAUAUCAAGGGUUGAUGAGAAAGUCAAUCGAAGCACUGCACCGAAGAGCAACCAGAUUGGGUGACAUUCGUGAGCAAGGGCUUGCCCUUGGUCUUUUUCAAGAUUAUGACGACUCCAAAAUACACGAUGAUUGGAACGACCUUAAGAAUGCAUUGGAUCCCAUUUUGAAGAAUUUGCGACCGAGAACAUUUGCUUAA